UUUUAAGACCCACAUCAGAAGGCAGCUUCUAACACACUCAAAUAAAACCACUGUGGACCACGCCAGAUCAGAAACACAAAAAUUACAAAGUUCUCACCCCGAGUGGCUCCUCUCGCUUUAACAGACGAUCUCCGGUGAGAACAGGAAACCAGCCGGGCUGCUGCUUCCUGUUUCCCCGCCUUCAGUCAGCUGUCUGUCCGCUGUGUGUGGAUGAGCAGCACUCCCCAGCAGCUCCUCCAGGAUGGGGGAAAACGACGACAGCGACAUCAUAGAGCAUCACGUCGAGGAGGAGAUGGAGAAGAAAGGUGCGAGGAGCUACACAGCUUCCUCCUCCUUCCUGGAGAGCGUCAGUCCGUCCGAGAGAGAGGGCCACAGCAGCACCCAGUCCUCCCACAGACUGCUGGCCUACAGCGAUGCUCUCAUCUCCAUUAUCGCCACUGUCAUGAUUUUACCUGUUGCUCACACCAAAGUGGAAAAUAAUGAGGAAUUGAGGGAGAGUCUUCAGGGUCUACUCACCACAAAGAUCGGCGUUUACUUGAUGACAUUCCUCAUUGUGACUGUUGCCUGGGCUGCUCAUAUCAGGUUGUUUCAAGUUGUUGUUCGUAUCGAUGACUGUCUCGCACUUCUGAACCUCGCCUGCAUGAUGCUGAUAACCUUCCUCCCCUACACAUUUUCUUUAAUGGCGACCUUUCCUGAGAACAUCCUCGGGAUUUUACUCUUCUGUGGUUGUGUGAUGGUGAUCGGCGUCAUUCAGUCGGUGAUUGUGUUGUACGCCUUCAGCCGCCCCUUCCUCCUGAAUGAGCAGAUCCAGAUCUCAGAGAACCAGACCUUCUACAAACACCACAUCCUCAAAGUCAUCAUGAAGGUUCCCAUCAUGUGCUUCUUCGCCAGCAUCUUCUCCUUCAUCUUCUUCCAGCUGUCUUACGUUCUCUUGGCCAUCGUCAUCUUCCUGCCUUACAUCUCCCAGUGUUUGAAGUGGUGUCGCAGCAAAGCCAUCGGUCAGGUGGAGGAAACUCCAGACUCCAUGUUGUUCUACACCUACCUGCCUAACGAACCCCUCAGCAAAGAACGAGUGGAGGCUUUCAGCGACGGAGUUUAUGCCAUCGUAGCAACGCUUCUCAUCUUGGACAUAUGCGAGGACAACGUCCCAGAUCCCACAGUCGUGCAGAAGCAGUUUGGCGGCAGCCUGACAGCGGCUCUGCGGCUUUACGGCCCCGAGUACCUCGCCUACUUUGGUUCCUUCGCCACCGUCGGCCUUCUCUGGUUUGUCCAUCACUCGCUUUUCCUCCAUGUCACCAAGGCAACGCGCUUCAUGGGCCUGCUGAACACCUUCUCGCUGGCGUUCGUCGGAGGUUUACCGUUAGCCUACCAGCUAACGCACGAGUUCCCGCCCAACUCUCACAAUGAGCUGGAAGCCAUUCAGAUUAGCUGUGUGAUCAUUUUCUUCGCCGGUAUUUUUCAGCUCGCCAUUUGGGUGGUCGCUCUGUACAACGAACAGGAAACUCUGCACCCCUACGUGCGAUAUGGUGGACGUGAGCACGUGCUUAUGCUAGCUAAGCUGGCUCUGUACCCCUGCAUAGCUUUGGGGACGUUUUUCCUCACGUGCAUUUUGAGUAAAUUUAGUGCCCCGAUUUUCCACCUGAUGGAGAUCACGGUGCCUUUUGCUUUUCUAGUGUUGAGGAUUUUGGUGCGUCUCGGGUUAGCGCUGCUGCGGCUACUUUUCUGUCCUGACAGGUCCGAUCGGAGGAUCGUCAUAGAGGAGGAAGCUGACGAAACAAGAGUGCCAUUUAAUGCUCUAGUUACAUAGGGGACGUGGACAGGGAACUGAUGCUAACUGACAGAUCUGAGAGGCAACGUUGCUGAAGGGCUUGGUCUGUGAAUGUGCUUAUAUUUGACCUCAUGAGGAGCCUGCUGGGCUUCACACCGGCAACAAGAUUUAAACCGGUCUAAAUGCUUUCUAUGUUGAGAGCAUCGGUGUAAAUGGGAUUAGAUAUAAACCAUGUGCACUGAAGGAGAUUUAUAAGGGAAAUACUUAGUGGAGCAGAGCGGUGAAGAACAGAGCUGAUACUGACGGCCAGAGCCUAUUCGUUCAUUAUUUUCUUUACAGUAACAUGAAGAGUACCAGUGCAGGUUUAAUCAGCAGUUAAUCAAUGUGAUUCAAUCAUUGUGUUUUAGUUUUAUUACUUCAUGUGCAGAGCACGGUCCGUCCAGCCGCUAUCAGUUAACUGAGCCUUACAGAAUAGCCUCUAAUCACCCACCGAGGAUUUUCUGAGCAUGCUCAGACGCCCCCUGCAGGACAUCCAUGAGCUGACGGUGUGGCAGGAGAAGUCUUUCUGUCAAACUGGUCUCCUUUGUGACACGUUAGCAAUCGGACGAGGCUUUAAGUCUUGAGUGUUGGCACUUUAAAAAUACUUCUUAUCAGGAGAGGCCAUAACUUUUCAAAUUGCACUAUAUUUCCAUCACGUGUAUGUUAGUGUCUAAUAACCGCAGUAAUGUGUGACUUUUUUAAAUUUAUGUCGCUAUUGCAUCGUCCACAUCAUGCACUCUGUAUACGUUACCUUGACUACAUGAUUAUUACGUCCCGAUUUACAGAAAAUAUGUGAAAAUCCAAGUUUUAAGGCGUCGCUGUAGCUUCCUGGGGUGUAACGAGGGUAUUUGCAGAGGCCCGAUUUUGCCCUGAGGCCAUCGACUGUAUGUCCGCCCGCCACCACCCAACCCACCCGGCUGUCCUGUCUCUAAAAAGCCCCCAAAAACUAAAUAAGUUUUCCCUUCACAUAUAUAGCAAGUUCAGGUGUCUUGUAAAUGCAGUCUGUCAUUUCUUGAAGUGUAAAAAAAGCUAAAUUUGCACAAUAAUUAAUAAGGCGAUAAAUAUUUUAGCCAUUACUCCAAUAUUUUAGAUUUCUACAUUUCAAAAAAUAAGUUGGAGAAAUCAAACAUUAAAUAAACAUGUAAAUGUAGAACAUGUCAGAUUAUGCAUGUUUGAGGCUUCUUUUGUUUUUGCAUUAACACCAAGUUUUAUGAAAAACUGAAGAUU